UUCAACAGUAGUGACCAAAUAAUCUCCACGAAACCAUCUGGCUAAUAAUCAGAAAUGGCUAUGACAGGGGAAAGCCUGAGAGACAAACCUAGAUGGAACCUUGGAGGAAUGACCGCUCUCGUCACCGGUGGUACCAAAGGCCUCGGGGAAUCCGUGGUGAAGGAACUAGCCUUUAUGGGAGCCAGAGUCCACACGUGUGCCAGAGAUGAAACUCAGCUUCAAGAAAGCUUGCAUGAGUGGCAAGCAAACGGGUUUCAGGUUACCACUUCUGUCUGCGACGUUUCUUCUCCUGAUCAACGAGAGAAACUCAUGGAAACCGUUUCCUCUGUCUUCCAAGGAAAACUCAACAUCUUUGUAAGCAAUGUGGGAACGGGUCUUGUGAAGCCGACCAUAGAGUGUACAUCAGAAGAAUUCUCGUUUAUCAUGGCUACAAAUCUGGAGUCAACAUUUCAUCUAGCACAGCUCGCGCACCCGCUUUUGAAAACCUCUGGUUCAGGGAACAUUGUGCUCAUGUCUUCGGUUGCUGGGGUUGUAAAUUUGAGUCGUACAUCCAUCUAUGGAGCAACCAAAGGAGCCAUGAAUCAGCUAGCGAGAAAUUUGGCGUGCGAAUGGGCGAGUGAUAACAUAAGGGUUAACUCUGUUUGUCCAUGGUUCAUCAAAACUCCUGCAACUAAAGAUUUUCUCAGUGGUGAAGUAAAAGAAAAGGUGGAAAAUGUGACACCAUUGGGGCGUGUUGGAGAGGCAAAUGAAGUGUCAUCGCUUGUGGCAUUUCUCUGUUUUCCUGCAGCUUCUUAUAUUACUGGUCAGACCAUUUGCGUUGAUGGAGGUUUCACUAUCAACGGCUUCUCUUUCCCUUAAAUACAUAUAUAUGUAUAAAUUGCCAAAUUGUUGGAUAAUGUUUCAAUACCUUAUGAAUUUAAGACCAUUUGUGUUGAUUCUCCUCUGAUGCUCGUGUUUACAUUCAAAUAUUCAAUAUAUGUUUCAGAUUUUAGCG